CUGUUUACAAGGUUCCAAGGCAUAUGCAGACUUCACCUUGAACAGGACACGAGCCUCACCCAAAGUCGCUUAUCUCACUUCCUGUCCUUGCCCGAGUUUUCAAGCCUUAAGUCCGAACCCAGGCAUGUCUUGGUGGAAUCUCUUUAUGCCCGCAUUUCAUCUUCACCAGCCGACUUAUCCGACGUUUCAGGCGAUUUCCCGCAUCCCUGGUUAGAUAUCUUUCCGUCCGGUCAGCUACCCUGUGGUUGUAGCCUGCCACUAGCGCCGCCACUCUGCCGGUCUACUUCAGGUAUUGUCAACCUGAGAAGGUCUGACUCCAAAUCCCAUUCUGUCAAGGGUCUUGGCCCUGGCUCGUCUCGAGGACAGAGGAUGACCGGCAAGCGGAUGCAAGCCAAAGAGCGAGCUCGUUGCAGUAUCGAGCGUUACUAUGGUUCCGGCGGCGGUUGGUUACACGAGGCCUGGAUCGGCCUAGCUCGAGAUCUAAUGUCGUGCCCACUACUUUGUCUCCCAAUAGCUCUGCAAAUCGGCUUGGCUCAACUCCAGCAGACUUUCAAUGAAGGUCAGGCAACUCCGGCACCACAUUCCAAUUCACCAUCUCUGGACGGUAGCGCGAGUCCUGAUGAGAUAAAAGACGUGCCACAGUUUUCAUGCAGACAGCCUCCUCCGGAGGCAGACGGGGAGUGUCUUGUCCCUCCCACUCCAGAGUGGCAUGGUCGUCAUUUAGCCAUACAUAUUGUACUUUUGCUUCUACAGCAGCGUAUUCAUGAUCACUUUGACCCCAGCUCUGGCUCAUUGCCCCGUCGUGAGGCAGAGUCUCCCGGACAGGAGCCCAAAAUCCAACAUCUUCAGCAUCACCUGUUAUUUCUGCAUCUGCGAAAUUUAAUUAAUUCUGACGAGGAACUGGGUACUUUCCAUGUUCUGCCAUUUCUAUAA